UCGAAUGUUUUUAAUAAACAUAUAUAUUUUUGAUAAAACAUAAAAUAAAUUAUGAUGGAAUUGAAUAAACUCUGCCGCUGCUGUCUAUCUGAAAGUGGAAACAAAGAUAUGAGUGCAACUUACCCGUGGUUGGGAGAAAAAGAAAUAUAUUCCGAUAUGUUACAAGAAUGUUUCAAUAUUGUUAUAAGUACAAAACUAGAAAGCAGCUUAAUAUGUGAUUUAUGUGUGAAGAUGUUGCGAGACUCCUUAUAUUUUAAGCGAAAAGUAAUCCAAUCAGAAACAGAGUUAUUAAAGAGGAUCACAAAUGCUGAAAAUGAAAAACCAGUUUAUGUGAAAGAGGAAAUUGACGCAGAUACGGACGGUAAUGAAUCGGAUAAUUACUUCUUGAAUGAAACAAUCAAAGAAGAAACACCUCUGCCGCAACCAGUUACAAGGAAGAAAUCAAUCUCUAAAAAUACAACGAAAGCAAAUAGGACUGUUAAAAAACUUGUUAACAAAUUCACUUCCAUUGAAUCAUGCAAUAGACCCGAGAUAAAAUCGAUAAAGCCAAAAGAUUUGAAAUUAGUGAAAAAUAGAAAGAUAACGAUUAAAAAUGACCUUAAAAUAAACCUGUCGUGGACAACACGCACCGCUCACGACAAACGUAAACACAGAGAGAACCUCUUAACUAUAUUAAAAUAUUCGAACGUGGUGCCGUUCAAAAAUAAAUCGUUGCUCGGCUUUAUAUGUGGAUACUGUGACGCGACGUACCCCGAUCCCCUGGACCUCAGAGUGCACACGGAGAACGACCACGAGAAAGAGAGAUUAGACUUCAAAUCGUCAUUCGAUAUGACUGAAUAUAACGUGAAAUUGGACGUGACGAAUUUAUCUUGCUUAUUGUGCACCGAGAAAAUGGAGAAUCUUAAUAAAUUAAAGGACCACCUCGUCAAAGUUCACGGGAAAAUAUUCUACGAUGACAUCAAAGACCACAUUAUGCAGUUCAAGUUGAAGAAGGGAGAUGUCUUCGACUGUGCCAUGUGCCCGUCUACGUAUGAGACCUUUAAGAUGCUGAAACAGCACAUGAAUAAACACUACAGCAACUAUAGUUGCACAAAGUGUGACACUUCCUUCGCUACCAAGAGAUCGUUGAACGCUCACCAAACGACACACCAAGAAGGUAGCUUCAAAUGUGAUCUGUGUGAAAAGGUCUUCUCGAGCCGAACUAAGAAACAGUAUCACGAGAAGACCAAACAUUUAGGAGCGAGAAGCAUCAGUAACUGUCCUUUCUGUGAUGUCCCAUUCAGGAGUUACUACCAAAGGAACCAGCAUUUGGUGAAGGUCCACAAUUCUGAGGCUCAAUAUAAGUGCAAUGUUUGCAACAAGGGCUAUAUAUUGAAGUCCCUCUUGAUGUGUCAUAUUAAGAAGAAUCACCUGAUGGAAAGGAACUGCCAGUGUACGGAGUGCGGUUACAGGUUCUUCAGUAAGAAAGCGUUGAACGCUCACAUGAUCAAACACACCGGCGAGAGGAAGUACGCGUGUGAAGUUUGCCACAAGUCGUACGCGAGGAAGUACACGUUAAGGGAACACAUGAGGAUUCAUAAUAAUGACAGGCGAUUCAAGUGCGAAGUCUGUAGCACGGCGUUCGUGCAGAAGUGCAGUUUGAAAAGUCAUUUGUUAUCACAUCACGGUAUUAGUAUGGCUGCGAGCGAAAUCCCCACCUCAUAGUCUCCCAAAUGACAAAUGACAGUGACAGUGACAGCUGUCGUUCAGUAAUUAACUUUUUUUUAUUUUAAUAAAAGUGGCAAAUUAAAGUAUAUUUGUAAAUAAUAUUUAUAGUGCAAUAACUGGAAAUCGAAUAAUCCUGCAAUAUUGUCUUAGAUUAAGAAAAAUAUUUAUUUAUCAA